AAGCCUCGAAAGGCCCUCCCUCGGUCCCUUUACUCCCCCCUCCCAGAGCAUCAGCCAGAGGAAAACUGACUCUAGUGUAUGGAGGGUACAUUGGUAUUUCUCAAACGCCGCCGGGGCAACGACCACUUGAGAUUUAAUUUCUCGGCUGUCCUCCCUUCUUUUCCCCUUGCCUCAUUCGAGUGUUUCUCUUCUUCUUUCAUCAUCGCAAUUGUCUUGUCGAUCUGCCUUGAUACCCUAUAACCAACAUAUUACACAAGUUCCCCAGCAAGAUGGCCUCUUCCACGAGACAGUUCGCCCGCGCGGCGCUGAGAUCCUCUACCCGCACCUCCUUCGCCGUCGCCCCCCGCCUGGCCUUCCGCCAGCAGGGCCGUCGCUUCUACUCCUCUGAGCCUGCCAAGUCCGGCAGCUCGACUUGGCUCUGGCUCUCCGGCCUGGCCGUUGCUGGCGCCGGCGGUGCCUACCUCUACACCAAGGAGGGCGGUGUUUCCGCCGGCUCGACUCCCAAGGUCGUCAACCCCACAAAGGCCGACUACGAGAAGGUGUACAAGGUCAUUGCCGAUCGCCUUGAGGAGAACGACCAGUAUGACGACGGCAGCUACGGCCCCGUCCUUGUCCGUCUCGCAUGGCACGCCAGCGGUACCUUUGACAAGGAGACCGGCACUGGUGGCAGCAACGGCGCCACCAUGCGUUUCGCUCCCGAGUCUGACCACGGUGCCAACGCCGGUCUGAAGGCUGCCCGUGACUUCCUUGAGCCCGUUAAGCAGCAAUUCCCCUGGAUCACCUACUCUGACCUCUGGAUCCUCGGCGGCGUCGCCGCCAUCCAGGAGAUGCAGGGUCCCAUUAUUCCCUACCGCCCCGGCCGCAAAGACGGCGAGGCUGCCGCCUGCACCCCCGACGGCCGUCUCCCCGACGCCACGAAGCGCGAGAAGCACCUCCGCGAUAUCUUCUACCGCAUGGGCUUCAACGACCAGGAAAUCGUCGCCCUGUCCGGCGCCCACGCUCUUGGCCGUUGCCACACUGACCGCUCCGGUUUCGACGGCCCCUGGACCUUCUCCCCUACCGUCCUGACCAACGACUACUACAAGCUUCUCCUCAACGAGAAGUGGCAGUGGAAGAAGUGGGAUGGUCCCGCUCAGUACGAGGACAAGAGCACCAAGUCCCUGAUGAUGCUCCCCGCCGACUACGCCCUGAUCCAGGACAAGACCUUCAAGAAGUAUGUCGAGCAGUACGCCAAGGACAACGAGGCCUUCUUCAAGGACUUCUCCAACGUCAUCGUCAAGCUGUUUGAGCUCGGCGUGCCCUUCUCCCAGGGCGCCGAGGAGCGCUGGACCUUCAAGCCCACUUGGCAGGACUAAGCAGUCACUCUUGAGCAGUGGCCGCGACAAAGGUGUGUUUCCGCGGGGGACAGAUGAGAGAGAUGGGUGAAGAAGAAAACUCUGGGGAGGUUCUAGACAUAGACGAGAGAUAUCCGCGCACAAUCGGCGUACCGAAAGAGAUAGAGAUGGAGUCAUCGGCGAGGGAGGCGGCGACCUGCCCUCAAGCCUUGGUUUUGAGCGUCCCGAACCAUCGACCUGUAGUCCAUUCUUGGGCUCGUUUCCGUAGUUUGUUGUUUUUACGUUCCAUAGUUCCUGUACAACACCAACACGAACAUUUAAGAGCAUACU